AUGCCUCUCUCAUCCUUCCUCCCCCAUAUUCCGUAUCCCCCCUCCAGGGAGGGAUAUUGGAGCCCCGUCACGUCCACGCUGAAUUGGUGCGAAGAGGAUUACUAUGCCACCAUCUACUCCGCAGAGAUCGUCAAUACGCUGACAAACCUGCUGUUUAUGGCCCUUGGAAUCAAGGGUUUCCUAAGUUGUCGUCGCAAUGGACAUGACUCGAUUUUCCAGGUCGCUUAUCUUGGCUAUCUGCUAGUCGGAACUGGAAGCUUCCUCUUCCAUUCAACGUUGAAAUAUCCCAUGCAGCUGGUCGAUGAACUGUCCAUGAUAUACACCACGUGUCUGAUGUGCUAUGCAUCCUUCUCAUACUCCAGACCGAAUGGCUUCCGCGUCGUCCUGGGCAUCUUUCUUGCCAGCUUGGCAAUUUUCAUCACCCUUUACUACCACUACCUCCAGGAUCCCCUGUUCCACCAGAACGCAUAUGGCAUCUUGACAGCCAUCGUCCUCAUCCGCAGCAUGUACACUAUGGAGGAACACCAACAUUACGAAAACGUGCGGGACAUCAAGACUCUCAAGACAAUGUGGUUCAUGGUUAUCUACGGUUUGAGCGUGUUCCUGGGCGGGUUUGCCAUCUGGGGCUUGGACAAUGCCUUCUGUCCGAAGAUCCGCGGAUGGCGCCGGCAAGUGGGUCUUCCCUGGGGCAUUCUACUGGAAGGCCAUGGUUGGUGGCAUUUGAUGACUGGCCUUGGGGCCUAUAUGUACCUUGUUUGGGGCAUCUGGCUCCGUCACUGCUUGAACAACCGCCAGGAAGAGUACCAUCUGUGGUGGCCUCGCAUUUGGAACAUCCCCGAGGUUCUCCGCACCGGCGCUCCAGGCAAGGGCGCGAAUGGAGUGGCCAAGAAGUCGAAUUAA